AUGGAUUCACAGAUUCGUCGUUUAGUGCUAGCGAGCGCUGAGACAAAUGACUCACAAAUCUUACGUGAAGCAUUUAAUUUAAUUCAACAGAAUUUCAAAGUGAAUGUUGUUCAAAGUAAAGAUACAAUCGGGCAAGACUUAUACGUUUUAAUUACCGAAACAGCGCUUGAUUUAAAUCAAAAGGAAAUAGCUGGCGAAUGUUUACAAAUGUUUUUUACGUCGAGUCCUGUGAAAAGUCAGUUUGUUGGACGUGCUUAUUUAAGUCAAUUUCGAAUGUACAUGCCAUACAAUGCCAGAGACUAUGUAUAA